AUGAGCGGCAGGAAGCAGGAGGUGAAGCGUGCGCAGGUGACAAGCAGGGCGCCGACUGAGGGUACCAAGAUCCUUUUCCUUGACUGUGACGGUGUUGUGUCGCCCUUUGGCGGAACUCUCUUUGCGCCGAAGCAAAUGGCCCUGCUGCGAAACGUCAUUUUAGAGACAGGAGCCAAAAUUGUGUUGAGCACCUCGUGGCGACUGUCUGAAUUUGGACGGGGGGAAGUGGCAAAGCAGCUUAUAGCGAAUAAUAUGCCCACCUUCAUUUCAUGUACACCGUAUUUACACGAUAAGUCUAGAGCGGUAGAAAUAUUGCGGUGGAUUGAGGCCAACAGGGAGCGGUAUAAUAUUGUAAACUUCGUCGCAGUCGACGAUAUCAAUUUGCCGGCCACAGCGCCUAAUCGAGCUUUUUUUUCACGCCAUGCCAUUACAACAAAUGCAUUUACUGGUCUCACGGAGGCAGAUGCCAAGGAGGCAAUAAGACUCUUAGAUGACAGCAAUAACCUUGUAUAG